AUGCCAUCCUUCCUUCUUGUUGCUGGUAUCAUGGCCAUGAUGUUCCUUCUCACCUCGGCACAGAUUUCUCCGUCUCAAUACCUAUUCAAGGCCGCGGGUGAGGACACCUUCUCCACCUUUGCAGACUACGCCUCGUCGCCGCUCCUCUCGCCACAUCGCAUUCGUGCCACAGAUCCCACAGACUCGCCGCCGUCUGGCCCAUAUACCUCCACCAUUUACCUCUCCUGCUCUCGAGUUAUCUACGACUACUUUCAUGUCGAAGUCCCCUUUGCUGCAGAGGGCCUCACCAUCUCCAUCAAUCAGGAGCCCGAGUUUGCCUCCAACCCCAAUAUCACGCAUCUGCCCUGGCGCGCCCUCUUCAGAUGGGACGAGCCGGCAACAUACUACGCCAACGACUUUGAGAUGACAAACUCGUCUAGCUCUUGGGCUUCCGAGUCGCUCACCAUCCCGGCUCCGCGUGGCGGCGUCCUCUUUGGCUUUAUCACCCUCGACACAAACCCGGAUCCGGCCGCAGAUGACGCCUGCUCCUCUGCCUUUGUUCCCGAUCUCUACACCCACCAUCCGCCAUCUGACUCUUGGGCCGCAGGCCGUGUCCGCUUUGACAUCGACGUCGAGAUCGUCUCCUGCCACUUUGCCUCUGACCUCAACCGCUACACCCUCGACUAUACCCAGCCGGCGUUCUCCGCGCGCGGCAUGGGGUCGUCUGGCACUGCAACGGCGUGCGGCAACGGCUUUGUCAAGCUUGAAGAUGGCAAUACUCCGGUACCCAAGUCUGCAGUCUACGCCGGUGGCUCGCCCUCCUCUAGUUUUCUCGGGACCAGUUUAACCUGUGCCUACUUUGACCUCAACGGGCCGCACGCAGCAGUCGAGAUUGGCGUCUCCACCUUUGGUGGCACCAUGCACUCGAACGUCUUUGUCCGCUAUAACGCACUCGCCGUCCCCACCUCUGUCUACGGUGCCUUCCCGGGUGGCGGCUCACACACGUCUGGCCUGCCUUUCGAUGGCUACUUUUCCGCCCUCGACCCCGGUACCGACAAGCUCGUUGUCGAGAACCCGCCCGCUGGCUUUUACACUGUCUGCAUUGAUCGCUCGUCACCUUUCACCUUCAACAUUGAUCUCACCCGCCACCCCAUCACGAGCUCGUCGCCCGGCUCGGUCGGCGACGCCCCCAUCUAUGUUGGCUACCCCUACGAUGACGGUAGCUACGAGACCAAGUAUGUCAUUCCCGAUUUUGCCAACGGCAUCCACUUUGGCGCCACACACACCCUAGACGGUGUUGAGCUUCGCGAUGGGUCAGAUGCCAUGGACAUCGCCGUCUUUGCUCUCCGUUUCCCAGGCCUCACCUCCUCGUUCACCCUCACCCUGAACGCCACGCUCCCGGUCAACGUUUACUUUCGCAAGUUGGCCCCGCCAGCUUUUGACAGCUCGUACAACCCACAUGCUCUCGCCGCGCCUCUCGCCCUCGGCGUCACAGACACCUUUUUCACAACCGACAACGUCGAACGUGGUACCUACUACGUCGCUGUCGUCCCUGUCUCCCAACCGGCGCUUACCUCUUGGUCCGUCGACGUUCGCGCCACCCGCGAGUGGCACUGCCACCAGAACUGCAAGGACCACGGGUACUGCUACAUCGACGGCAGCGGCGGCGAGUGCGCGUGCUGGGAAGAGCGUUCGACAGACGGUUCGGUGACCAUUGGCGCCUACAGUGGCGACUACUGCGAGCAACCUCGUUGCGACCACGGCUCGUGCUCAGAGUGCAUUGCAGACCCGGCCUGCUCGUGGUGCCUCUCCACCGGCGUCUGCUUGUCGGGCGCCGGCAUGUCGCUCACCGGCAACGCCGUCCACGCUCUCAAUUGCCCGGCCACGCCGCACUUUCCCGGCACGGCCAAGUCGCGGCUUGUCUACGCGCCGGCAACGCUAUGGGGCAACGAGGUGAACGAGUAUGGCUCGUGCCCAGAGCUCGCACCAUUCGGCACCUACACCCAGCCCAACGGGACCGCACACCUGCUGUCCCCCACGCCGCUCGGCAGCUACUUUGCCGCUUCCGUGUCAACUGCUCAGUGUGGCUCGCGUGUCUACCACUACGCACCGCCGUCGCAGAAAGCUGCAUCCAUCAUUGUCGCUGAUGGCAUCUCCCCCGCCACCGUCAUCUGCGAGUUCUGGUCGUUCGACACCACCACCCAAGAGUGGGAGGACCUCACCGCCUAUAUGGGCGACGGCGUCGCCACCGGCCCAGGCUGCCGUGCUGCCGCUAGCCUCGUCUGUUUUGCCGACGACAACGAGCUUGUCCUCUUUGGAGGCGCGCUUCCCGCGGAUGGCUCCAUUCCUGGCGAGCGCAUCCGUCACAGCUCGGACGUAUGGACCUUUGACCUCGCCUCAGCCACUUGGUCGCUCACCUUUCCCAACUGCUACGACCCACACAACACACUGGCGGCGUGGUCGACGACGCCUCAUCCGUCGCCGGUUGUCCCAGCCGCAUGUUCAACUCCCGGCCUGGAGCUACCUGGCACUGCACACGCGGCUAUCCCGGGCGCUUGGCUUGCUGCCGUUGACGCCGUCCUUGCUUCCGACUCGGUCUUUGCCGCAAGAGGCAUCCUCGUCUCGUCGACGUUCUCGCACUCGCUCCUCAUCGACGGUGUCGCCUCGGUCUCUGCCUUUGACAAGGGCUCGUACUUUUUCAACCUCUCGGCCUCUCCGCCGUCCUGGUCCCGCCUGCAGUCCGCCGACGGCAGCUUCUGCGAUGUUGGAUACUCCGCUGCAUGGGCUUACUCGGCCCCGACCGCUCGCCAGGUCUUUGCCGCAGGCAUCAUCGUCUCGGCAGCGGGCUCCGAGGAAGGCAUAUAUGGGUCCACCCGCUCCGCACCUUGCCAGCACUCCUUCUUUCGCGCUGAUGACGGUAGCCUCCAGUUCCGGGCCGAGCGCUACGAUGCUUGGCCGUCUCCGCAGCGUUUCAUAUGGUCUGCCAUGCUCGCCCUCGACGACGGAUCUCUGCUCUUUGUCCCGGGCACCCCACUCGGCACCUCCUUUCCGGAGCCGUUUGCUCCGGGCUCGGGCCGCCCCUCACCGACGCCUGCCCCUAGCUCAUUCUCUGCGACUGCGCACGGCAACGACUUGAUUCUCCUGCCAGGCUCACGCGGCCAGGUCGUCCUUCCGGCACGGCCGGUCAAUCUGCAAGCUCGCAUCUCCCCGAUCCUUGUCCACGCACCUGGCGGCAGUGUGUACGAACUCGGCGGCACGAUCCACGCGCCCAGCGAGGGUGAGUAUGUUCUCGACAGCGCCACCUUUGACCAGCUCGUGUACGACCGCUCCAAUCGCUGGUCGGUCGUCUCGCCCGACCUGUCGCCUGGGAAUCCCGGCCCGCGCUCCCACGCCAUCCUUGCCCACCUGCCGUCCUCGAACGAGCUGCUGGUUGUCGGCGGCUUGCCGACCCACGCCCGCAUUCUCGACGAACACACCUUUGUCGGUGUCCCGAGUGCGACCAUGGCUCCGCUCGCUAUUCCGCGCUUGUUCGACCUCAACACACGCUUCUGGCGGUCGCUGCCAGCCUCGCCGCUGCCGGCCUCGCUGCCGUCGCUGCCGGUCGCCGCGGCAUCGUGCGUGACCAAGACCCAUCUGUACGUCUACGGCGGCCUAGCCGUGACCGAGACCUCUGAGCACGUUUCUGACACCCUGCUCCGGCUUGAUCUCGCCACGGGCACCUGGUCUGACCUCACCACCUCGGGCACCCGCCCACCACCGCUCACACUCGCCACCGCCGUCUGCACCGACAACGGCAAACUUUUCCUCGUCGGUGGCGUCGAGUCGCGCCUCGCAAUCCAUGGCACCAACAGCGACAUUAACUCGCUGCCGAAGCAGUUCUUUGUCUUGGACAUUGCCUCGCGAGUCUGGUCGAGCCCGGCGGGCCCGGCCCACCUCUUCCCGAUCCAGCCCGCCGCCCGGCUGUGGACCGCCAUCGAGGCCUCCCGCAUCGGCCUUAGCAACGGUGCGCCUCGCCUCGCCCUCGCCACCGCCACCACCUCGCCGUAUGAUGGUACCAUGCUCAUCCUCACAUACGACAUUUUCCGUGAGGUGUGGGAUACCCGCGAGCUUGUCACGGGGCUGCCGCCGUGCCAGCUGUGUGUCCUCUCGCCGGUCUUUGCCAGCAUCCGCUCGGCGGUGACCCAGAUUCGGUUGACGGGAGGUGGGUUCUCGGUCACAAAUCUCGCCGGCGGUGCUACCGGCAGCGCCAAGGGUGCCAGGUUUGUCUGGCUCGCCCCCGACGUGUCCGGGAGCGGACCGCAAGGGGCGCUCUACCGCUACGGCGGCAUGCGCGACCCCUCUCCGGGCACGUCGAGUAGGGCAGCGACUCCCGGCUACGCCACCGGCGAGCUGGUCAAGUACGAGCCGCAUGCAACAGCUGUACUCGCCGCCAACGUGGCCACCACAGGCGUCUUUAACGUGGCCAAUUCUCUCGAGUUCCGCGCCAGCUUGCCGGGAUGGGAGCUUCACGAUGUGAUGUGUGGCUUUGACGGUGUCUACGGUCCGCCCGCGAGCAAGAUCGGCAGCGAGACGCUCACUUGCACCCUGCCAACCGGCCCGGCCUCGUCGACCGUCUCGGUCUCGUUGGCGGUCGGCGCCGCGCGGCAGUCUGUCCUCACCGACGUCAGCUACACCUUCACCGACUGUCUGCCUGGCAGCUACAAGCUCCUUGGCAUGUGUGCCACUUGUGAACUCGGCCACUUCUCGGACACGUUUGGCGCUCUCGAGUGCGUGCCGUGCAUCUCGGACACGUACACCUCGGCGCCCGGUGCCACCUCGUGCGAGACCUGUCCGCCGGGCCAGGUCCUUGACUCGGCAAACUUUGAUCGCAAGUGCGUUCUCUGUCCGCGCGGCAAGUUCCGCGCCGACAACGGAACGGUCAACGCCAAGAUUUGCACCGAGUGCGCGGUGGACGAGUACGCGGACACCGAGGGCUCAACAGCAUGCACCAAAUGUCCUGCCGGCUCAAUCGUCGGUACUCCUGGCGGAAAUUCGCUCGCCAAGUGCACGUGUGACAACGGAUACUGGGGCAACGCCACCGCCGCGCCCUGCACUGCGUGUCCUCCGGUUGGCGCUGUCUGCAAGUUUCUGGAGAACGAGCUCCCGGUCCCAACGGCCGGCUACUGGCGCGACCCACAGGAUCCGACAAGAUACUACCCGCUGUCCGGCCGGUGCGAGCCGUGCCCGGACAACGCGAUCAUCCCGGUCAUUGUUGCCUUUCUUCUCCUCUUCGUCGUCAUUGUUGUCAUGUACAAGUUUGCCGGCCGCUCCAAGUCGGGUUCGCGGUCGGGCUCGUCGGGCGCUGCCUCGAUCGCUCUCAAUUUCAUCCAGACCACCGCGCUCUUUGCGGCGUACAAGAUGAACUGGCCCGACGAAAUGCUCACCAUCCUCAAAUGGUUCUCCAUCAUGAACCUCAACAUGGACAUGGCCUCGCCCGAGUGCGCGCUUCCGAUCUCGUACAAGAUCAAGUGGUUCUCCACCAUGCUCAUUCCGAUAGCCAUUGCCCUGGUCUUUGGUUCGUACGUCGUCGUCCGCACCGCUCUGUCGUGGAUCGUGGCCCAGGCAGUCGACCCCGCCCGCCUCACGGCAGCCGAGUCCGAGUCCGAGUCCGAAACCGAAGAGCAGGAGGACGACGGCGGGUCGGGGUCAACUGACGGCAUCCAGGUUGCGCUCGUCGCCGAGCUUGGUGCAGACGAAGAGUCGGCCCGGCGGCCGGUCUGCGCGAGCUGCCUCGGCUGGCUGUACGUGUCCAAGGCGCAGCGCGGAGCGAUGUACAAUCAGGCCAUCCAUGCCUACGUCAUGUUUGUCCUCGUUGCCUACGUCUUUGUUGCCCACAAGGCGCUAGAAGUCUUUGCCUGCACCAAACAGACCGACGGCACGUACUUUCUCAACGCGCACCCGUCGAUGAAAUGCUACGUCGGCGAGUGGUGGGACUUGCUGCCGUGGACUAUUCUGGCGGCGCUCUUGUACUGCGCAGGCAUUCCGCUCGUCUUUGCGGCCGUCCUCGUCAAGAGCUUCAAGCCCGCGUUCUCGUCGGCCAACGAGCGGCUUUACGAGCUUCAUGUGGCGCGGUUCGGCAUUCUCACCUCGCGUUACUUGCUGCGGGCUUACAUGUGGGAGCUGGUCGUCAUGGGCCGCAAAAUGGCGAUUGUGGCUGGCACGCUCUUCUUCCAGGAGAUGACUGUCCUGCAGAACCUUGUUGCACUCUUUGUUAUGUUUGCUGCCGUCCUGGCGCAGUCGUUUGCGCGGCCGUACCGGAGCCCUGACGACAACAAGCUCGAGUUUAUUCUCCUUUGCACCAGCUACUUUGUGCUCUUUCUGGGCAUCAUGUUCGCGUCGGAUCUUGAGUCCACGUCAUCAACCGUCCUCACCGUGGUCGGCGUCGCCGUCCUCGUUCUUUCGGUCCUCGCCAUUGUGCUGUACCUCUUGCUCCUCGCCCGCCGCUUUUACUACAUGCGCCGCUACGCCAAGGCUGCUGCCAAGCAUCCGCGGCUGGUCAAGCGCGCCGAGUUUGUUCUCACCGAGCCAGCCUACUUUGAGCUCAUGGACUUUGUCGACAACGUGGACGAGCCCGAGCGCGAAGCCAUCACCACUGUUCUCGAAGACCUCCACGAGCGGACUGUCGACCACCGCCGCGAAGAGGAGGUGCCAAUCUUUGUCCAAGAGGUCCAGACCACCUUUGCUAUUUACCGGCAGACCGCCACGCCGCACGAGCUCCAGGUCCUCGAUCGGAUGAUCGCCCGCAUCACCCGCGCCGCCAAGCUCAACCGCGAGCAGUCGCUCAAGUCGCGGGUCCUCCACCGCGCCACCACCCGUCGGCUCGAUCUCCCGCCGCCGACCUCGAGCGACGUCGAGGCCGCAGGUGUCGAGCUCGCCACCGUCGCCAAGUUCGAGGCCAGCUCGUCAAGCCUCGGUUCGGCGUCGGUGGUCUCAGCCGAGUCCGCAGACGCGCAAGCCAACGCGCCGCCAGGUCCGCGCCUCGCCUCGCCGCCGCUCUUGCCGGAUCUUGGCGUCCAGCCGCCGACGCCGGAGCAGGCCACCCGCGCCAGAGGUCCGCCGACCUCGCAGUCUGCAAAGACGCUGCAAGAGUCAACCAGCUCUCGGCGUAGGCUCAAGUCGUCGGGCGAGUCGAGCUUGGCCGCCAUCGUCAACAUCUCCAACACCGACGACGUUGCCUACAAGCACCAGAAUCGGACCAGACUCAACUUGUCGCAGCAGAGCCUCGGCUCGGUCGCCUCGGUCGGGUCGGACAUCUCGCUCGGCUCGGUCGGCGAUGGAAGCUCGAACAAGUCAGACCACCAGAACCAGCGCUCCAGCAACGGCUCAGUUGCGAGAGCCGGCUCGUUUACCAGCAAGUCCGGACCCCGUCGGAAGCGAAGCUCUCCACGGAUGGGCGACGCCGCCCCGCAUCCCCCACAGUAG